AUGCCUGUCUGUCUGUCUGCCUGCCUGCCUUUCUUGGCCGUUUGGGGUGCGUCGGGUCAAGGUGAGGGAAUGCCUGUGGGUGUGAUUGAGAAGAAGUCAUGA